AUGGGGAGUCCCCGCGCCGCGCUGCUCCUCCUGCUCCUGCGCCCGGUCAAGCUGCUGCGGCGGCGCUUCCGGCUGCUGCUGGUUCUCACCGUGGUGUCCGUGGGGAUCUGGACUCUUUAUUUGGAACUGGUGGCGUCGUCCCAGGUCGGCGGGAAUCCCCUGAACCGGAGGUAUGGCAGCUGGAGAGAACUGGCCAAGGCUCUGACCAGCAGGAACAUUCCAGGCACGGACCCACAUCUCCAGUUCUACCAUCCCCAGAGGCUAGGCUCCCAGGACCAAGACUUUGAGCGAGGUGGAAGCAGUAACAGCAGCUAUCUGAAGUGGAAUAAGGUUGUCCCCUGGCUCUCAGAGUUCCGGGGCCGCGCCAACCUGCAUGUGUUUGAAGACUGGUGUGGCAGUUCCAUCCAGCAGCUCAGGAGGAACCUCCAUUUCCCGCUCUACCCCCACAUCCGAACAACUCUGAAGAAGCUGGCCGUGUCCCCCAAGUGGACCAACUAUGGCCUCCGCAUCUUUGGCUACCUGCACCCCUUCACUGAUGGAACAAUCCAGUUUGCCAUCGCUGCAGAUGACAAUGCGGAAUUCUGGCUGAGCAAUGACGACCAGGUCUCAGGCCUUCAGCUGCUGGCUAGCGUGGGCAAGACUGGAAAAGAGUGGACCGCCCCUGGAGAGUAUGGGAAAUUUCGGAGUCAAGUUUCCAAGCCAGUGAGCCUGUCAGCCUCCCGCAGGUACUACUUUGAGGUGCUGCACAAGCAGAAUGACGAGGGCACCGAUCAUGUGGAAGUCGCAUGGCGACGGAAUGACCCUGGAGCCAAGUUCACCAUCAUUGACUCCCCUUCCCUGUCCCUCUUCACAAAUGAGACCUUCCUAAGGAUGGAUGAGGUGGGCCACAUCCCGCAGACAGCAGCCAGCCACGCGGGCUCCCCAGGCUCGCUUCCCACAGAUGAGCAGCCCCUCGCCGACAUGCUCCAGCCUGACCCUCGGGACACCCUCUAUCGAGUGCCUCUGAUCCCCAAGUCUCAUCUCCGCCACGUCCUGCCUGAUUGUCCCUACAAACCCAGCUACCUGGUGGAUGGGCUUCCCCUGCAGCGCUACCAAGGCCUCCGGUUUGUUCAUCUGUCCUUCGUUUACCCCAAUGACUACACCCGCCUGAGCCACAUGGAAACCCAUAACAAAUGCUUCUACCAGGAAAGCACGUUCUACCAGGACAGGUUCAGCUUUCAGGAAUACAUCAAGAUUGACCAACCUGACAAACGGGGACCGGAACAGCCAGGUUUUGAGGAAGGCCUUCUAGAAGAGUCCCAGUAUGGAGAGGCGGCAGAGGAAACCCCGGCCUCCAAUGACCAGAAUGCCAGGAGGCCAGAGGGAAAACAAGUGCCUACCUCUACCCCGGGGCAGGAUGUCACCGACUACCGCCUCCGAAGCCUGCGGAAGCUCCUGGCGUGGUCCCGGGAGGAACUGCGGGCCCCCUUUUCCAAACAGAACUCUAUGGCUCCCUUCCCAGGGAGGACCAGCAACGUCCCAGGGCGGCAACCAGAGAAGAGGGAGAGAAAACCCAGCCCUGAGCCCAGCAGAGAUCCACCUCACUCUGACAAGCGGCCCCCUGGGCACCUGGUGGGGAACCGGCCACAAGUCAAAAGGCCCGGGCCCACGGGUGACAGCCCCAGGAAGACUCUAGGGCAGUCCCAGUGGCUUAAUCAAGUUGAGUCAUACAUUGCAAAGCAGAGGAGGGGUGACAGGAUGGAACCUCUGGCCCCGAGGCGGGGCUGGCCAGGGGAGGAGGAGGUGGUAGCAGCUGCAGGCCAGGAAGGCCAAGUGGAGGGAGAGGAAGAGGGUGAAGAAGAGGAAGAGGAAGAGGAUGUGAGUGAGGUGUUUGAAUAUGUGCCCAUGUUUGACCCCGUGGUGAACUGGGACCAGACCUUCAGCGCACGGAACCUUGAUUUCCAAGCCCUGCGGAACGACUGGAUUGAUCUGAACUGUAACACGUCUGGCAACCUGCUGCUGCCAGAGCAGGAGGCUCUCGAGAUCACACGGGUCUUCUUAAAGAAGCUCAACCAGAGGAGCCGGGGGAGGUACCAGCUACAGCGCAUCGUGAACGUGGAGAAGCGUCAGGACCAGCUACGUGGGGGUCGCUACCUCCUGGAGCUUGAGCUGCUGGAGCAAGGCCGGCGCCUGGUGCGGCUCUCUGAGUAUGUGUCUGCACGAGGCUGGCAGGGCAUCGAUCCAGCCGGUGGGGAAGAGUCCGAGGCCCGGAACCUGCAGGGCCUGGUUUGGGGCCCACACAACCACCGGAGACGUGUCUUGAAUGUCCAGGCUCCAGAGCCCAAGCUGUGCUGGCCCCAGGGCUUCUCCUGGAAUCACCAAGCCGUGGUCCACUUCAUCGUGCCUGUGAAGAACCAGGCACGCUGGGUGCAGCAGUUCAUCAGAGACAUGGAAAAGCUGUUCCAAGUCACCGGUGACUCACACUUCAACAUCAUCAUCACUGACUAUAGCAGUGAGGACAUGGAUGUCGAGAUGGCCCUGAAAAGGUCCAAGCUGCGGAGCUACCAGUACAUGAAGCUAAGUGGAAACUUCGAGCGUUCAGCUGGACUUCAGGCUGGCAUAGACCUGGUGAAGGACCCACACAGCAUCAUCUUCCUCUGUGACCUCCACAUCCACUUCCCAGCUGGAGUCAUAGACACCAUCCGGAAGCACUGUGUGGAGGGCAAGAUGGCCUUCGCCCCCAUGGUGAUGCGGCUACAUUGCGGGGCCACCCCCCAGUGGCCUGAGGGCUACUGGGAGGUGAAUGGAUUUGGGCUGCUUGGCAUCUACAAGUCAGACCUGGCCAGGAUCGGGGGCAUGAACACCAAGGAGUUCCGAGACCGCUGGGGUGGGGAAGACUGGGAGCUGCUGGACAGGAUCCUCCAAGCAGGUCUGGAAGUGGAACGUCUCUCCCUCAGGAAUUUCUUCCAUCAUUUCCAUUCCAAGCGAGGCAUGUGGAACCGCCGCCAGAUGAAGAUGCCAUAA